GAUUGUACAGUCCAACCCGUUUCAGUCAGACUUCACCAAUACAGGACAAUGGAGCCUUAUCGCAACCAAAGAGCCACAAAACAAGACAACACACCGGGAGCAUCUGGAGGCGACCCGACUCCUGAGAAUCCCGACAGAGAUCAUGCACCUGAUGGCAGCGGCAACCCACCAGCGACAGACAGGCAACCACAGUAGUAGCUCAGGUGGAUUCACCGUGAUCCCACCGAAUGAGUCUCUGCGAAACAACAUCAAAAUGAUGGCCCAGAGAGAAGAGGAGAAUUUUCAGAGAUGGAGAGAGGCCAACAGACCUCCCCCCGUGCACGUGACCGAGAGGCUGGGUGGUAAUGCAACGUUGGCUGCAGCCAGGGAGAGGCAGCUGGCAGACUUACGUCACGCCAAACUGCAGAAGAAGCUGAAAAAGGAAGAGCUUGACAAGAGGAAGAGACAAGAAGAGGAGGAGGAGUUCCAGAAGAUGAAAGAUGAACAGAGGGAGAAGGCCGAGCGCCUGGAGGAGAAGAGGCGACAGGAGGAGCAGAGGAGGAGGGAGCAGCUCAGGCAGGAUCACACCAGGAGGACUGAGAAUUUUUUGCAGAGGUUUGAGAGGACGGCCCCACGUCCACUGGCAUCCAGCAGUGCCACACUCACGUCAUCUAGGAGUGAGGCUGUGGAGGGUAAACCGGAGUCAACAAGUGUGAGAGAUGUACAGCUGGAACACAGGAGGGUGAACUCGGCCUUCCUGGACAAACUCCAGGGUCGAGGCAACGAGAGCGAGACAAGGGAGGAAGGCGUUCGGGAGGCAGAGUGUCCCUUUAUGUCCACUGAAGAAGACACCCCUAGAAACCAACUCCCCAUCGCUCACCUGAACCCAGACCCAGAACAGAACUACUGCGACUGGACAGACGAAGCCGGGCCGGAGCCUGACUUUGACUGGGCCUUGAUGAGACUGAUGAACAGCUUUCCAGACUUCAGCAAAGUCUUCCUAGAGGACAUCCUUGACCAGUGCAACGGCGAUUAUGAUCAGGCCUACACGCUUCUCAACUGCACGCUGAAUUAAGUUUGAUUUAUCUUUAAUGAAAGGUCUGGCUUUACCUUAAUAUUGUGGUUGACACUCGAGGAGUUGGGCCAGGUGAUAAUGUAUAACCAGUGUUCAUGAUGAUACAGAAUAGAAGUAAUUUAUACCGUUUGUGUUUGAUGAAUGUAUGCUGACUCCACUACACAGCUGCAUUUUAUAUAUAUAUAUAUAUAUACCUACAGAGCGGUAUGUGCUCCGUGUAAUCUGUUUUUGAUUAUGCUAUAAAUCAUUGGUGUCUUGCAUCUGUUUGCAUGCACUCGUGAGUCAUUUUCGCCCUGACAUGGAGUUGAAUUGAUGUUUGUUUUCAUCAGUUUACUUGAAGGUCAUCGCCAUGACUCAUAAUCUUCAGAUCAUAUUUGGGGCUCUUAAUUAAAUCAGUGUGUGCAGACGGAAGAAAAUCUCUACCCAAAUACAA